AGUGGGAGGGAGGGGGAGACACAGACAGACAGACAGACAGGUGGUUCCUAAGGAGACGGUGAUGUUACACAGAAGCCGAUUGUUAGCCCCGGGGCAGGGCUUGUGGCCGCUGAGUGGCUUCCAGCCCCCGUCAGUGGGCGAGAGAGGAGCGCUCUCGCUGUGGCGCUGCGGGUCCCUGUGUCCGGUGCCCCGCGCAGUGCCCCUCUCCGACGCACUGGUCCAGCGCUCGUCUGGGGGGCGAUCCCCUCUCUCUCCUCUGAGACCCGCAACAGCCCUCUCCACUAUGGGGGGUCACAAGUCCAAGUCAGUGAAUAUUUCAACGUCGGAUGAUUACAGCAAAGAUAAGAAAAAAGCCAAAGCAAAAGAAAGUCCGGAGAAUAUGAUAGUGAAACAGGCAUGUUUGGUUACUGAUAUGAACAAUGGAGAGAUGCGGGAAAUUGAAAUUGAAAAGCACAAGGUUCUGCUUAUCAAAAGCAAGGGAGAAUUUAGUGCCAUAGGAAGCACGUGCCCCCAUUACGGAGCUCCACUGGUAAAAGGAGUCCUUUUACAAAAUAGGGUACGAUGUCCUUGGCACGGUGCCUGUUUCAAUAUAAAAACCGGAGACAUUGAAGAAUUCCCUACUCUCGACAGUGUACAAUGCUUUACGGUCGAGGUUCAGGACCAAAAAGUUUUCAUAUCUGCAGAUAUCAACGCAUUGGAAACCCCCAAAAGAAUCAAACACAUGGUCACACAGUCACCAGAGAAUAAGCAGGUCACUCUUCUAAUCGGUGGAGGUCCAGCUGCGUUAACGUGUGCGGAAACCCUUCGUCAGGAUGGUUACAAAGGUCGGAUAAUACUGGCAACCAAAGAAGAGCAUUUACCCUACGAUCGGCCCAAACUCAGCAAGGUUUGGGAUGGGAACAUUGAAAGUAUUCUGUUGCGGCAUCCAGAGUUCUACUUAUCAUAUGGAAUCGAGGUCUUGACUAACAAGGAGGCCGUGUCUGUGAAUGUAUCUAAAAAGAGAGUUGGUUUCAAGGAUGGAAUGUCUCAGCAAUAUGAACACCUAUUGAUUGCGACAGGAAGCAUACCCAGAAGACUGACUUGUCCAGGAAUGGAUCUGGAGAACGUGUGGGUGUUGCGCACCCCUGAAGAUACAAAGAAAAUUCGUGAACUAUCAAUACACAAGAAAGUGGUUAUUGUGGGCACCUCAUUCAUAGGAAUGGAGGUGGCCGCCGUUUUGGCUGACCGAGCCGAGUCUCUGAUAGUGGUCGGAACCAGUGUAACCCCAUAUCAAGCAGUUCUGGGGAAGGAAAUUGGCGAGGCAAUCAAAAAGAUGUUCGAAGAAAAAAAUGUGAGAUUUUACAUGGAGGAUGGUGUGAAUGAGCUGAGGGGAGAGAAUGGCAAGUUGAAAGAAAUUGAGCUGAGCAGUGGAACUAUUCUCCCAGCGGACCUCUGUGUGGUGGGAAUUGGAGUGGUACCUGCUACCAGUUUCCUCAGUGGAAGUGGUGUAAGCCUCAGUUCAAAUGGCACGGUCGUGGUAGAUAAGUACAUGAACACCAGUAAUUCAAAAAUUUUCGCUGCUGGAGAUGUGACUUCAUUUCCUCUCUCGCUGCAAAAUGAUCAGAUUGUCAAUGUCAGUCACUGGCAGAUGGCUCAGAUGCAAGGCCAUAUCGCUGCGCUGAACAUGAUAAAGAAAAAGAAGAGCAUACAUUCGGUGCCAUUCUUUUGGACGGUUUUAUUUGGAAAGAGCCUUCGCUAUGCAGGAUAUGGAGGCGAUUAUGAGGAAAUCAUCUUCAAAGGCAAUGUAAGCGACCUGAAGUUUGUGGCAUUUUACAUCAAGGAAGAACAGGUUGUCGCAGUUGCCAGCAUGAACUAUGAUCCCAUGGUAUCCCACGCAGCUGAAGUUAUGGCUUCAGGAAAGAGCAUAUCAAAGAUGGAAGCUCAAGAUAAAGAUAUGCCAUGGAUGAAAAUAAUCUAAGAUGCUGUUUCAUUGCUCAAAUGUGUGCUGUUGGAAGCUUGUUCCUGAGGAAGGUUCCUACCAAUGGACUGUUGUUGAUUAUAUGCUUUCAUAUGCUUUUGUUAUGAAGCUCAUUUUUAUUAGUGCACAAAUGUUUUGUCGACAAUCCAAGAAAUGAUUCUGAUAAUCCACUAUUAACGCAGUAUAACUAUUGUUGACCAAAGCGCAAUCCUAAUGCUGUUAAAUAAACAAUUUUUUNCUAACAAUGCAAACGACUAAAAAUGAUUUAACUUGAGAAGUUUAAAUAAUUGGAAACUGGUUGGAAAAGACCUUUGUGUAAAUGUUGGCUAUAUAAUCAGUAACAAAGUGUUAGUAGCUGAUGUGCUGUAAAAUUGUACAAUAAAUUUGUUUUUUUCAAAGGAGCAAAGCAGGGGGAAAAUAAAUAAAGCUACGGAUCUAUA